AUGGCGCAGAAGGGACGCAAAGGUGGCGCCACGCCGAAGCAGGCCAAGUCGCCCAAAGGCGCCGCGGCGGCAGCAGCAGCGGGCGGCCCCUCCACGACCAUGGUCCAGGGCGCGUCCAUCCUCAUCAUCCUGCAGCUCAUCUCGCGCCUCAUCACCUUCAUCGCCAACCAGCUGCUGGUGCGGUACCUCACGGCGCCGCUGCUCGGCCUGUCGACGCAGCUCGAGGUGUACUACCUCUCGGUUCUCUUCUUUGCGCGCGAGAGCCUGCGCGUGGCCAUCCAGCGCCAGGGCAGCAUCGGCGACGGCGUGAAAGCACCGCCGCCGUCCACCGAGGGGGACGGCGACGCUGCGGCAGUGCCCGCCGCGCCGAGCGAAAAGGCCAAGGCAGGUGGCGGCAAGGACAAGCCGGAAGCGAAGAAGGGGUCCAUGGACCCCGUCGAGAGCCAGGCCCUCAUCAAUCUCGGCUACCUCUCCAUCGCGCUGGGCACAGUGACCAGCCUCGGCCUCGGCUGGAUGUACCUCGCCUACGCCAACCCCUCGACGCUGGAGACGCCGUACAUGACGCUGUCUCUACAGGUGUACGGCCUGGCGGCCAUGGUGGAGCUGCUCUCGGAGCCGUGCUUUGUGCUGCUGCAGUCGGUCAUGCUGCUGCGCACGCGCGCCGCCGCCGAGUCCAUCGCCACGUGCGUGCGCUGCCUCGUCGUCUUCUCCACGGCCGUCAACGCGGCCCGCCGCGGCAUCGAGGUCGGCGUCAUGCCCUGGGCGCUCGGCCAGCUCGCGUACGGGUCGGCGCUCGUCCUCGUCUACGUCUCCUCGGGCUGGCGCAUCGGCAGCCUUGUCGGCUACUCGCUGCUGCCGCGGCGCAUCGAAAACGCCAACCCCGGCGCCUUCAUCCUCGCCCGCUUCUACAGGCCCACCAUCCGCCUCGCCGGCAGCAUGAUGACGCAGAGCGUCGUCAAGCACAUGCUCACCCAGGGCGACACCUUUCUCAUCUCCCUCCUCGCCUCGCCCGUCGUCCAGGGCUCGUACGCCCUCGCCAACAACUACGGCGGCCUGCUCGCUCGCCUGCUCUUCCAGCCGAUUGAGGAGUCGACCCGCAGCUACUUUUCCAAGUUGCUCGUCAAGCCUGAGAAGACGCCGUCGGCUGUGCGCGAGGCCAGCAAGAGCCUGCACACGCUCCUGCGUCUGUAUUUACUCCUCUCCGGCUUUGUCGUCAGCAUCGGCCCCUUUGCCGCACCUCCAUUGCUGCGCAUCAUUGUCGGCAGCCGCUGGGACGGCUCGGGUGCGGGCGACGUCCUUGCCAUCUACUGCCUCUACGUGCCUUUUCUGGCCAUCAAUGGCUUGACCGAGUCGUUUGUCGCCAGUGUCGCCACCGAGGCCGAGGUCCACCGGCAGUCCGUUUGGAUGGGCUUCUUCUCCGCCAUGUUUGCCGGCUCGGCCUACAUAUUCAUGGGCGUCCUGGGCUUCGGCGCCCAGGGCCUCGUCUAUGCCAACAUUGUCAACAUGUUUUGCCGCAUCAUCUGGAGUCUCCUCUUCAUCAAGAGAUACUUCACCCGCUACAACGAGAACUUUUCCGUGCGCAAGCUUAUUCCCGACGAGACCAUUGCUGUCUCCGUCUCUACAUUUGCGGGCCUAUAUCAAACAGGCAUCGCAAAGGAGAUUGACGAGACACCCAUCACGGCUGCCAUCAUGAUUAGCAGCUCUGGCGUGGUGCUGCUCAUAUUGAUAUUGUUCAUGGAAAAAGACUUCCUCGUCGAAUGCGUAGACUCUCUCGGCGAGCCUCCCACGGAGGAAGAUAAGGAGGUCUCCAAGGAAGACUCCAAGGAGAGCUCAAAGGAGUUCGCCAAGGCCUCCAAGAAGAGCUCCAAGAAAUAA